AAGUAACUUAUCCCUCCGAAUCAAGUAAAAUUAUCCAUACCUUGGGUAGCUGAACUACAAGCUAUCAAACAGUUUGGCUUGGCCGCCAUCUUCGAUAUCUAGUACCCAGACUUCUCCGACAACGACGGUUACGCAUGCGUUGAUUUUGAAAUGGCGACUCCACGGAGAGAGAGGAGUUGAAAGCUCUUUUUGUGUCUCUUGCAAAGUGUUUUUGACAGCUAACACAUAUCUACAGACCUUGAACGUAUCGUGAACAAGCUAAGCUGCAUAAACAGUUAUUAGUUUGGCGUGGAUAAUGUUUAAAAAUGAGUUCCAAGGUGGCUCGUAUGUGGAAGUUUUCAGUGCACAGGGUCGCGACCCCGUAGCAAAAUGGAGGCUCACUGGAAGUGCAUCAACGAAAAACAAAGUAUACGACAAGGACGUCAAGAGUUUUGUUUACAUUUUGGAGGGCGAAACAACCACCACGAAAAUGAGCCUUCCGAAGGACGAAAAACAAUCGUUAUGGCUCAUACAGCGCUAUUUAGUCUUACAAUUGUAUGUACCGCUGGGACAUUCGUUUUCUUUGGAGUUUGGCGUCACCGACAGCUCCGGGAACAACAAACGGCGAAUUCUGCUUUCGUCUAACCACAGGGACAUUACGAUAACUCAACUACACGCGCGAUUUCCGCUUAAUAUCCUCCGCCUUGGGAUUUGGCUGAAUCUUUGCCUUGAUCUGCAAUCACUGGUCGGGGAGACAUUCAAAGGGCAAUCUUUCAAGGCUCUUGAAAACUUAACGAUUUCUGCGAGUUGUCGCUUACGGAAAAUUUUUACCAUGAAAUCGCAACCAUUCGAUACAACAGAUGAUGAUGAAAUUUACAAUUGUGAGAAUACGAACAGCGGAGAAUUAGAAAACAUACCCAAGUCACUACAGUUUUCAACCUCACCAGACAUCCACCAUCACACGCAGGUAUUGUUCACUGUUUAUAACAUGUAUACAAGUUCAUUAAAAAUAUGCUGAUAAAUAU